AUGACAACACAGUUCUCCGGAAGGCCCAGGAGUGAAAGGUCUGAAGCACGACUGGGUGCAGAGCCCGGGUACGAGCCCAAUGUCGGCCAAAUGCAGGCACAUCACAUGAUUAUAACCGGUUUGGCGACACAGUGGCAACAUCUUGAAGCUCAGCGCCGAUUCAUCCAGAUCGAAUCAGGCAUAGAGCAUGAAGUUGGACCGCGAAACUGGAAACAACGAUGCCGAGAUUUGCAGGACUUGUUCUUGCACUUUCCGAGUGCGAACUUCUUGCAAAGCACCCUUGCCGUCGAUUUCGGCGGCCCAAGCAAGGAUCCGGACGGCAGUGAGCGACCUCUUUAUUUGACGCAUCGGAACGGCCAAGGCAUGCUGCAGGAAACGCUCAUGAAGCACUUCAUCCACUUGCACCCCCGCCACCAUGUCAUGCACAACUCGGUGGCGAAAAGUGGAAGCACGUUCCGGACAGUGGGUUUCCAUCGGAAAAAUCUGCACUGUUGGCCCUUCCGGAACACCUUCAGCAUCCAGCAGGGACCGGAGAUUUGA